UUACAUAAUUCCGCAAUGUACAAGCACACGGUCAAGUCCAAGUUAAGCCAGGUGCGCAGUAACCCGCCGCCCCUUGCCGCCGCCACGCCCACUACCCCCAAGCACGGAUUGGGGGCGGGCAAGAAGUUCUUCUCCCACAUACGCCACAAAAUCGAGGAUAAUUUAACGCCCAAGCUGAGUGGAAAACUUUAUUGCAAGGGCAGCAAGCACACCAGAUCCAUGAGUGCAAUCAGCACGGUGGAUGGCGGAUGUGUGGGUGGGAAGUACACGCCCAAGGUGGUGCCCACGAGUCCCGUCCCGCUGCAAAUGUCCAGCCAGAUGAGCAGCAGUGUGUGCACCUAUGUGGACAGCGAUGAGGAAAGUCACUUGAGCCUGAGUCUCAAUUUGGCGCAGCAGUCGCUGGAGGAUGAGAUCUUCGCGGAGCUGGAGAAGGUGGCUCACGAUGAGAGCAAACUGAACGAGGUGCUUCAAAGCUUUGAUCACAUACUGAACGAGUAUCCACCGUUGGAGGGAAUUAUGCUAGCUUCCCAAGAGGAGCUGCCCGCUCCCCCAGCGGAGUUCAGUGAUCGCCAGCCAAUGUUGUCCAAGUCACACAGUACACUGAGCAUGGGCAGGACUAGGAUGCAGGUCUACCAGUCCCCGGAACUGGCAGGAUCAGUGUUGCUACUACGCGGAGCAGGAGGCGAUUCCAGAUACAACUCCCUGAGUGAUCUUAGUGGCAGCAGGAUACCGGUGCGCAAACAAUCGAGUCUGCGCAAACGCAGCGAAAGUUUUUGCCUGGAGCAACCAAUUUACUCCAGGACAUCCAGUAAGCAACGCACUCGGUCCAUGCUGACCCUCAAUACUACUGCACCUGCAGGAGCAGCCAUUCCAACUGCUGUAGCCAUGCCCAAGCGAGCCAACUCCAGCCUGGAGAAGAGGCACAUAACCGCCAGGCCGACGGCCAGGAGAGCCAACUCCACCCUGAAACCGGAAGGGGUAAAGGCAAAGUCUCCCAAUGCAAAUAGCGAUGAACUGCUGGUGAAGUGUUUGGCCAAGGGUCAGGAUAUCUUGCGUCAGGUGGAGAGCAUGAGUGCCAAGCCCAAAAGGAGCACUAGUCGGGGAGUAACUAAGGAGCACUCGCAGUUGGUGAAGAACAAGAAGAAGCUACAGAAGCUGCACUACGCCAACGAGGAGAAGAUGGGCAGACCCAAACUGGAGUCCUGCAAGAUUAUACCCCCGAAGUUGGGAGAAACCUCAGACAAAAACCAGGAACUACUCGUUAAAGUAGUCCAGGAUGUAAAGAUCGCACCACCACAGAAUCUGAAGAAACCCACUAAGGAAAUCCGCGCAGAGCAAGAAGAGGAUUCGGAUGACUCGGGACACAUAAGCAACACCCAGCUCUCUACAUCUACGAGUAACUCCACCGGUAGUCUUUGUGAAUCCGAAGGCGAUGAAGCGGACGAACAACCGCCGGAUGCAAAAUGCUGUACCAAAUCCAACAAGAUCGCGGAGCUAUUACAGAAAUUCGAGGCAGCUGCGGCGGCUGGCAAAAAAUGUGCCACCGCCGCGACAAACUGCCCCACUGUGGUGGCCAGCAAGGUGGUGGCCCAGGUGCAAGCUGUGCGCUGCAUCCAGACACAGGUGGAGAUCUAUCCCACCUACACAAAAGAGGUAACUAUGCGGCUGCACUGA